AAAGCCGUAGCACAUUUCGAAUCUUCUGGCAUAACGACCGCAAAUCGGGACCACUACCAAUAGGGGGUUUGUAGGAAUACCUGCCGGGCCAAUAGAGUCUACCAGUCCUGAAGAGGGAUCCCAUCCCAUUUCGGCGGGGCCCACUAGAGGAUUACCCCACUGUGCACACAUAGUACAUGAGCUCAGUUCAUGCCGCAAUAAUGGGGAAUACCAUCGCAAUUCGUGCCUUUCAGACUAGUUUUGUGUAUAUAUUUCGACAAGCCGUACAGUUCUCCUCAAAGUAUUCCAAUCACAUUCUCUUGAAGAAGUUUGUUUCGCCUCCUUGAUCACGUUUAUAUCAAAUCCUACAACAUGUCUACCCCACCAUCCGAUCUGCCCCAAAUGGAGUAUCGAUUUGUCGGUCGCUCUGGAUUGCAAGUGUCCGCUAUCUCUCUUGGAGGGUGGUUAACAUACGGUGGACAUGUACAGGAUGAGACGACAUUCGCCAUUUUGAAAGCGGCCUACGACAUCGGCAUCAACUUCUUUGAUCUUGCAGAGGGCUAUGCCGGAGGUGAAAGUGAAGCUGUUAUUGGAAGAGCGAUCAAGCAUUUCGGCUGGAAGAGAAACGAUCUCGUCAUUUCCACCAAGAUCAACUGGGGAGCUGCCAACUCUGCUCAUCCAGCACCCCGCAACCAGAUCAACAACGUCGGUCUGUCGAGGAAACACAUCAUUGAGGGAACCGACGCAGCUCUUGCUCGUCUCCAGCUCUCCUACGUCGACAUCCUCUACGCUCACCGUCCAGACAGGCAGACUCCUAUCGAGGAGACUGUGCGUGCCUUCAACCACCUCAUUGACCAGGGUAAGAUCUUCUAUUGGGGCACUUCUGAGUGGCUCGGGUCCGAGAUUGAGGAGGCCUGGGCGGUUGCGGAUCGCCUUGGGCUCGUGGGUCCUAUUGUCGAGCAGCCUGGUUACUCUCUCCUUCGCCGCGAGAAGGUCGACGAGGACUUCAAGAAUGCACGAUUGUACGAGCGUCGGGGACUCUCGUUGACGAGCUUCUCGCCUCUUGCUGGCGGUAUUCUCACCGGCAAAUACGUCGAUGGCAUUCCUCCUGAUAGCCGCCUGGCACAAUCCAAAGACAAGUACAUCCAAGGACUGAGCAAAACCGUGGGCAAUGACGAAUGGAACAAGCAACAGGAGUCUGUCAAGGGCUUGAUCAAGAUUGCCGAGAAGCUCGGAACAGACGUUGCAACAUUGAGUUUGGCGUGGGUCUUGAGCAACAAGAAUGUUGCCAGUGCGAUCACGGGAGCCAGUCGCCCUGAGCAGCUGUACCAGACCAUCAAGGCGGUCGACGUUGUCAAGAAACUCGACCAGAAGGUGCUGGACGAGAUCGAGGCUGUCGUGAACAACAAGCCUGCCGAGCUACCUUUGAGAUACGCAUAAUCGGGAGACAUGGCGGUGUCACCAGCAUAGAGAAAUGAUCAAACAAGCAUUCUUCAGAAAAUACGUAUAUUGAUGCGAGUGGAUCAGGCCAACGGCAGUCAAGCAAAAAGAAAGAGAGCUAGACUCAAUUCGAAGUCAAGAGCAAAAAAAAGAAGCAUUAUGAAAAAAAGGCAAAAAAAUAUAAGAAUCUGGCGAUUAAGCCCGACGUGGGGC